CUGCAAAAUCAAAAUCUAAAGCUUAAAAAUCGAUCGAGGACGAUAAUCUGAAAACUCGAGUUCGUGCGAGCUUUGAAUCAGAGAUUCUUCUUAUUCUUCUUCUUCUUCGUUGUCGUUCGUUGUCUCUCUGAUUCAGAAUAUACUCCAAAUUGUAUGUGUAUGAAUUGAAAUCGAAGAAUGGAUCUGUUACGAGUCGGGUCGGGUAUGGAUUUGUUAGCGUGGAGAGGAAUGGCGUACACUCUUCUCCUCCUCAACUUCGUCUUCGCUUGCCAGCUUCUUCUUCUCCAUCCUCUCGUCUCCGCUUUAGAUGGACAAUCUGUAGAUGCUGCUGAGUUAUUUGAGAGAGCUUCACAGAGCAUCAAGGUCAAGCGUUUUAGCGAUGCCCUCGAUGAUCUCAAUGCUGCUAUUGAAGUAGACCCUGCACUUUCUGAUGCUUAUUUCAAACGUGCGUCCGUGCUUCGUCAUUUUUGCAGAUACGAAGACUCUGAAAAUAGCUACCAUAAAUAUCUAGAGCUACAUCCAGGCGACUCCAAUGCUGAGAAAGAGCUCUCUCAGCUUCAUCAAGCUAAGAGUGCUUUGGAGACUGCUUCGUCUCUUUAUGAGUCAAAGGAUAUUGGGAAGGCUCUUGAGUUUGUUGAUAAAGUUGUUCUUGUCUUCUCCCCAGCUUGCUCUAAGGCGAAGCUUCUUAAAGUGAAGCUGCUUAUGGUGUCUAAAGACUACUCAGCUGCAAUUUCAGAGACUGGUUAUAUCCUCAAGGAAGAUGAAAACAACCUCGAAGCUCUUCUCCUCCGUGGCCGUGCCUAUUACUAUUUAGCAGAUCAUGAUGUUGCCCAAAGGCAUUACCAAAAAGGGCUUCGUCUUGAUCCAGAACACAGUGAGCUGAAGAAAGCAUACUUCGGUCUGAAAAAACUGCUCAAGAAAACAAAAAGCGCAGAAGAUAAUGCAAGCAAAGGAAAGCUGAGAGUUUCGAUAGAGGACUACAAAGCAGCUAUAGCUAUGGACCCUGAACACACUGCACAUAACGUUCAUCUCUACCUUGGACUAUGCAAGGUCUCCGUCAGGCUUGGCCGUGGAAAAGAAGGCUUAGAUAGCUGUAACGAAGCACUUAACAUUGAUUCAGAACUCACCGAAGCAUUACAUCAGAGGGGAGAAGCUAAACUGUUGCUUGAAGAUUGGGAAGGAGCUGUGGAGGAUUUGAAACAAGCCGCUCAAAGCUCCCAGGACAUGGAGAUUCAUGAAGCACUUGGUAGAGCAGAGAAGGCAUUGAAGAUGAGCAAAAGAAAAGAUUGGUAUAAGAUCCUUGGCAUUUCCAAAACUGCAUCCAUCUCUGAAAUCAAAAGAGCAUACAAGAAGCUUGCUCUGAAAUGGCAUCCUGAUAAAAACGUUGACAAUAGAGAAGAAGCUGAGAAUCAAUUCAGGGAGAUCGCUGCAGCUUAUGAGGUUCUUGGAGAUGACGAUAAACGGGCGAGAUUUGACAGAGGAGAGGAUCUUGAAGAGAUGGGCGGAGGCGGCGGCCAUCAUGGAGGAUUUGAUCCAUUUGGCGGCGGUGGAGGUGGUGGAUACACCUUCCAUUUCGAGGGCGGUUUUCCCGGUGGUGGUGGUGGUGGUGGUUUUGGCGGUUUUGGUUUCUAACUUAGGCAUGAAAGGCAUCAUCAUGUAACCUAAAGACUAAGCUUUUUUCUUUCAAACUAUACUCAAAAACACUUGUUGCAUUCUUUCUUCAAAAAAGUUUUUGUUCAACUGCAAUCUUAAUGUUUAUUUCAUUUAGAAUCAAAACAAUAACACAUGAUAGCACAAUC